AUGUCACAGGGGCCGCCGGGCGCGGGGCGCCUCAACGACCUGCCCGACCACUCGCCGCGGGUGCGCAGCGCCGUUGCCGAGCUGCGGCGGCGGGCGGAGGCAGAGCCCGGGCAGCUCUGGCGGCAGCCCCUCGCCGACUCCUUCCUGCUGAGGUUCCUGCGCGCCCGAGACUUCCACCUGGACCUGGCCUGGAGGUUACUGAAGAAUUACCAGAAGUGGAGAAUUGAAUGCCCAGAAAUAAGUGCAGAUUUACAGCCGUCUUCUGUUCUUGGUCUUUUGCAUGCUGGCUAUCAUGGAGUCCUGAGAUCAAGGGAUCCACAUGGAAGCAAAGUUCUAAUAUACAGAAUUGGACAAUGGGAUCCCAAGUUAUUUACGGCAUAUGAUGUGUUUCGUGUAAGUCUCAUCACAUCUGAACUCAUUGUAAAGGAGAUUGAGACUCAGCGGAAUGGAGUCAAGGCUAUCUUUGAUCUUCAAGGGUGGCAGUUUGCUCAUGCAUUUCAAAUCAGUCCAGCAGUGGCCAAGAAAAUUGCUGCUGUGCUCACAGAUUCCUUUCCACUAAAAGUUCGAGGUAUCCACUUGAUUAAUGAGCCUUUAUUCUUCCACCCAGUCUUCGCUCUAAUUAAGCCUUUUCUCACUGAAAAAAUAAAGGAACGGGUGUAUAUGCAUGGAAAUAACUACAUGCAGAGUCUGACAGAACACUUCCCGGUCAACAUUCUCCCACAGGAAUAUGGCGGGGAGGAAGUGUCCAUUGAAGAGCUGGCCAAGGAAUGGACUGACUUUAUAAUGGCGUCUGCAGAUUAUCUUCAGAGUAUUUCUCUGGUUGCCUGGGAAUAACCUUACUACAGUAUUAUAUCAAUUCUUGAAGACUGGAAGUGGAAAUAAGUUUAAUAUGAAAUCUUUCAUUUAAACUUGAAAUUAUGGUAGAUGAAACCAGUAUGUCU